AUGACGGACACUCAUUCCUCCUCCGACGCCUCCCGCGCGCACUUUCCGUCGCAUACCGAGCCGCGAGUCUGGCUGAUCACGGCCGGCGACUCGCCCAUUGGCAUCUCCGUCGCGCGACAGGUGCUUGCGCAUGGGGAUUCAGUGCUUUUGGGACUCGCGCACUCAAUUCUAGACCGCGACGAGCGCCGUCGCGAUGGGUUCGAGGCAUUUCUCGCCGAGGUGGAGAGGCACCAGAGCGAGGGAUGGGGGCAGCGCAUGAAGACAGUUCCCCUGGAUAUCAGGAUGAUGGGCGAAUGCCAAGCUGUCUUCGCGGAAGCUGUUGCGACAUUUGGAAGAGUCGAUAUCCUUCUGUGCUGCACGAGUCAAGCUCUCAUUGGAACGGUAGAAGAACUUGCUGCGUCGCAGCAGACUCUCAACCUCGUCCGCGAUCAAUUCGAGAUCAAUUACUUCGGUCCUCUGAACAUCAUUAAGGCCGCGCUGCCUCAUAUGCGCCGAGAACAAUCAGGCCAUAUAAUGAUCAUAUCCGGAAUUACGGCGCACAUCGGCACCCCAGGAUUGGGCAUGUACUGCGCAGCAGGCUGGGCUCUCGAAGGAUUCUGCGACAGCCUCGCAUACGAAAUUGCUCCUUUCGACGUCAAACUCACCAUCUUCCAAUGCAGCAUCGAAAUCGGCAUCCUCACCAACCUCGUCACCAGCGUGCCCCCAAUCUUCCCAGCCUAUUCACCCGCAGGCAACAGUGCGCCUCUCUUCCGCGGGAUCCUCAACCAUCUGGUCCCGCGUCUCCCAGACGCUCCCGCUACGCAAACAACCACCAAGUCCUCCACCGCCUCGAGUCGGGGAAGUAAUGACUCGCAAGAAAACACACGAGUCCACGCCGCAGAGACCGGCCCCUUCUCCGUUCCGGAGAUCGUAUCCAUGCACCCCCCGCUCAGCGGCGCGCAUCUCGAAGUCCUCGUCUCUGAAACCGUUUAUGCCAUCACGGCGAUCGGAGGGCAUGAGAAUCCGCCCUCCCGCCAUAUUGUCGGGCAAGAAGGUGUUGCGAGCGUCAAGGAGAAACUCAAAACCGUCAGUGAGGAACUGGAGGAUUUUAUUCAGGCGAGCUUUGCGGUUGAUGUGGCUGCGGAUGCGGAACCUGUGCCGACGAGAGACGAGGCGAUGGGUGGGAUGAACGAGGGAUUAUUCUAG